AUGUCAUUCCCCCGAAGGCCGCAGCUCCUGUGCCUGCUCUGCCAAUGGCGCUCCUUUAGCACUUCGUACCGCCGGUUUGCCAAGGAGGCUGAGAAAGCUGCCUCGAAACCGUCGAUAACCAAUUCUACCUCUUCUUCCCCGGCGCCGCAAAAAUUUAUACCCCCAUCGCCCUUGGAGAAUGCGCCUCGAGGAUAUGGAAAGCGGGUGGAGGAGUUUACGCCGGUGCCGUUGCCCCGGCCGAUAGGCAUGCCGCAUCCGCCCGAGCCUGGCCAGAACACCGGUAUCGACAACAGAUCUGUGAGACAGAAGAGAGAUGAUUUCGUCAAUUGGGACAAGCACUUGGCCAGACGUGAGCAGCUUAAAACCCAAUUUCGGAAACCGUACUUUCGCGACUGGACCAACCUCGAACACCACAAAGGCAAGACCUUUAUCAGCCCGCUUCGACCCUUCAAGGGAGACCUCUCGCUGUGGUUCCCGAACUUGUACGGUACAACUCUUUCCAAGACGGAUAAGGGUCCUCACGACACGACGCCCAUCCUUGCGGGCAAGAUCACAAUAGUCAGUGUCUUUAGCGGCCAGUGGGCAGAGGGCCAAGUCAAGAGUUUCGUCUCUCCCGAGGACAAUCCCGAGCUCCAGGCUGUGCUCAAAGAGCACAAGGGCAAGGCGCAACACGUGCGCAUCAACAUUGAAGAGGACGGGCUCAAGGCAUUCUUGAUCAAGCUCUUUACGAACUCCAUCAGAAAGACCAUUCCCGAAGAGGACUGGAACAAGUACUUUGUGGUGCGCAAGGGCGUCUCGGACGAGGUCAAGGAGGCCAUUGGCAUGCUCAACAGCAAGGUUGGGUACGUCUACCUCCUGGAUGGCGAGUGCAGAUUACGCUGGGCAGGCAGUGGCUAUUCCGAGGGCCACGAGCGUGUCGGCUUGGUCACGGGUCUGAUGAGACUCCUCGACGAGGGGAAGGGAGUCAAGAAGGCCAAACUUGCUGGCUCCGCUGCUGCGCUGAAGCUGUAA